AUGGAGGACACAAAACAUAUGAUGGAGUUGCAGGAGAAGGUAUCACAGUUGAAGAGGGAUAAAAUUACUCAGUUUACCAAGGAACCCUUGCAUAAUGUGCAGGAGAGCAAGAAUCACCGGCCGGAUAUCCCCGCGGCCGAGCUGGACGAAACAGUACCAAACUCCAGUUUCGACCCCAAAACAGACGAUUGCCCGUUCUUGGACAACAGGACCCCAACAACAAAGUCCAAGGAAAUUACCGAGUUACAACCUUUUAUCCCACCGAUUCCGCCUAAAACCGGUAGUGAGUUUCAAAGCACUGGCGAAAAGUGUUCCGACUUUCAGUUAUCUGUCGGCAACCCCGUCUCGAAGUUAACGUUGCCGCAGAGAGGGUCAGCACCAGAUCAAACGUUUGCUACGUGCUACUGUCUCUACGGAUUUCCUUUUGUUAACCAGAUUCUUGGUAGCAACUAUGUCGAGAACUCUGUAUUGCCGGUUAAUAAGGACGGGUUAAGACAGAAUAAUGAGACAAGUGGUAAGAUGCCAAUUAGCAACCCGAAAAGGGGCUCAGCAUCGCCAUAUCAUCAAGCCAAGAGGGGCUGUAGAGACCACGCGGAGUGGGCCAAGAAGCACAGGGUACUGUUGUCGUUGUCGACGCCGAGAGUCAGCCCGCACGCCUCUAGAUCGACUCGGGCGUCGUCGUGUCUACCGCUCCCGAGGGCUGUGCGAAGGGACAUAAGGGAUGGGUAG